AUGUCCGCAGAAGACGCCUCGCCUGCCGUCGACUCUGGCAUUGACAACCUCGCCGAUAAGAUAGGCGCUCUCAACACUGACGACCACCCGCGCACAGAAGAGGAGUACGCCCAAGCACAGCUCACCCUGCGUGCCAUUGUCACUUCCAAGGAGGCUGGUGUCAUCAUUGGCAAGGCCGGCCAGAAUGUUGCAGACCUCAGAGACAAGACUGGCAUCCGUGCUGGCGUCAGUAAGGUCGUUCCCGGCGUCCACGACCGCGUCUUGACCGUCACUGGCCCAUUGAGCGGCAUAUCCGACGCGUAUGGCUUGGUGGCAGACAGCUUGGUCAAGGGCGCACCGCAGAUGGGCAUGGGAGGAGUCGUAGGCACGCCUGGCACCCACCCAAUCCGCCUCCUCAUUUCGCACAACCAGAUGGGAACGAUCAUCGGCAGACAGGGUCUCAAGAUCAAGCAAAUACAAGAUGCGUCUGGUGUGCGAAUGAUUGCGCAAAAGGAGAUGCUGCCUCAAUCCACUGAGCGCAUAGUGGAAGUACAAGGCACGCCAGAAGGUGUUCAGAAGGCCAUCUGGGACAUUGGUAAGUGCCUUGUCGACGACGAACAGCGCGGAUACGGUACGGUACUCUACAGUCCUGCGGUGCGAGUCCAGGGAGGUGGAGCGCCGCUCAAUGGAGUCGGUGGUGGUGCCGGUCCUGGCUAUGGCGCACCAAGAAGCUACAACCGCACAGGCAAUGGUGCAGACUUCACUGGCGGUGCCCCUGCCUCGUACUCACCUCGACGCAAUGGCCCUGGCGACGGACCGCCACCAGAGGAUGGAGAGGAUAUCCAGACGCAGAACAUCAGCAUCCCGGCCGACAUGGUUGGCUGCAUCAUUGGCCGUGGAGGCAGCAAGAUCAGCGAGAUCCGCAAGAGCUCAGGUGCUCGCAUCUCAAUUGCCAAGGCUCCACACGAUGAUAGUGGCGAGCGCAUGUUCACCAUCACCGGCGGCCCCGCUGCAAACGAGAAGGCGCUCUACCUGCUCUACGAGAAUCUCGAAGCCGAGAAGAUGCGUCGCAGCCAAAUCCCAGAGGCCACGGCAUAG